AAAAAUGGACUAAAUCAGAUACAACUACAACUCAAAAAACUACUGGCAGCGAUAAAGGUGGUAAAACUACUAGUGGGGAUGCUUCAAAAUAUCAGGUCAUGUCUAAGGAAUUAACCCAAAAGACUGACCAAUAUGGAAAGGUUUCAACUUUCGACCAAAAAUCAGAUACGACCAUUACUACUCACAAAGGAGUUAAUUAUGCUCCAUUAGAGUAUUUUGAUACUGGGAAUUGGGCUAAAUAUUUAGAAGCCUUAAAAAUGUAUCACGAGCAAAACGAAGAAGAAUAUAGUAAAUUACCGGACACUUCCAACCGAAAACCUCGCGUUGCUAUUCGAACUAAAAAUGGCGAAAAUUUGCUUAAAGCCUAUCAAAAAGAAAUUAAAAGACAAGGAGAAUUCAAACUAAUUACCAAAGAAGAAUUUUUAGCCCGAAUUAGAGGAGAAAGAGAGGGAUUUUCAAAAGUGGUUGGCUAUGAAAAAAUUUUGAAAUUAGUAGCCGACUAUUUGGCUAGAGACCCAGGAUUGGGAAAAACUUAUAUUUGUCAAGCAAUCGGUAAAGCCUUAGGAACUGGAUAUUAUCGAAUUUCUUUAAAUGGUAAAAAUUCUUCUUCAAUUAUUUACGGAAGUUCUAUUGAAAAUCCGGGGGCUGAAAUGGGAGGGAUUGUUAAAGCGAUUAGUGAAAAUAAAAGCCAAUUUACAGUAACGUUUUUUGACGAAAUAGAAAAGGCAGGAAAAGAAGCCAAAGAUGCGAUUGGUGAACCAACUGACCGGACUGGAAAUGCUGAAUUUAAGGAUGCUUUAUAUGAUUUCAUAACUCCUUGUAAUAACUUAUUAUUCUUUUGUGCCUUAAACUAUGCCGAAGAAUUACCAGAUUUUAUCCGCGACCGAUUCACUAUGAUUGAAGUAGAACCUCCUUCUUACCAACAAAGGAUAGAAAUAUUACAGGCUUUAUUAAUGAGUUCAAUGAAAAAAUUUGAGGAACCCUUUCAAGGGAUUUAUCAUAAAACCUGGCAAGAAAUUUAUAAUAUUUUCAAUAAAGAAGAAUUAUUAAAAAAGGCCUUAACUAAAACCAUGAGUAUUCGAGGUGCCAAAAGUAAUAUUGCUAUUUUGAUUAACAGAAUGCGAGUUGAUUUCUUAAUUGAGGAAAAAAAUCUUCCUACUGAUGUAGUUAACUACAAUUGA